AUGAAAAUAGUUCAUGAUUGUUAUCAAGAUGUUCCUAAUCAAGAAACAAAUGUUAUGGGUUAUUCCUCACAUACUAAAUGUUAUGUUUCUACUGGAAUGUUUUUUGAACUUUUUCAUGAAAAAAAAAUUCCACGUUGUGGUCAAUGUUUAGAACUUCAUAGUGUAAGUCUUAAAACAACUCAUUGUAUUAUUUCUGGUUCAUUUGAGAUAACUAACACUACAAAUAAAUAUAUCAAAUAUACAAAUAAAACUAUUGUUGUUGACCCUGAUUUAUUUAUGAUGUUAUCUGGUUUUCAUAAAGAAACUGCUACUGAUGUGUUACCUGCAUCAAUUAAAUAUGUCGACUGUUUAUAUAAAACAUAUCCAGCUGCUGUAUUAACAAAAGUUGAUAAUAAUAUAACUGAAGUAGUUUUAUUUAAUACUAAUGUAAUUGUUGAAAGUUUACUAUUUCAGCAAUCAUAUCAUUAUGCUGAUAUUACAACAACAAAAUUUACUUUAUCAACUCCAACCAAAAAUGGUCAAAUUGAUACUGAUAAAAUAUACCAAAUAAAAUUAUUCAAUUUUAUUGGUUCUUCAAUUUUUAUUAAUAUUAAAUUUAUACCUAACACUACAUUUAUCUCUUCUACUCCAUUUCCAAUAACUUAUAAUGAAUCAACUUCUUUGUGUUCUUUUAUUCCACAGGCAAAUAUAAUUCUUAAAGAUGGAAUUAUGGGAGGCGUCUCUGAAGAUAUUGCUGAUGAUGAUUUCUUUUCAUGGGAAAUUGGAUGUCAGCCAACAGGUGAUCCAUUACCGUAUACUCCAUUAACAAAGAAUGACCCAUCAUUUAUUUUUGAGAAUGAGAUUGUUGGUUAUUCUAUAAAAUAUCCAGUGCCUAUUAGAAUUAGUGAACAUUACCAUUAUAUUACUUUAAUUACUGAGAGUGAUAAUCCUAUCAAUUUAACUUAUCCAAAAAUUUAUUCCCUACAUGGAUAUGAUUUAAAUAAUCUAGAAUCAUUCUCUUGUGGUAGUUUAGUUUUCGAGUAUAAUAUAACUAAACAACCAACAAAUACAUAUAGAUUAGAAUUUCGAAUCAAUUUGCUAUUAUCAAAAUGCCAUGGCUUUUGUUUGUUUCUUUUUAUUCUUUAUCAUUAA